AGCAAUCCACUAGGAGCCUUAGGAGCAGGAGAAGGAUGGCCAUACUAUAUAAUGGUCCAUAGGAAGAAUGUCCCAUACAUUGGUGGUCAGUGGGAAGAAUGUCAUUACAUUGGUGGUCAAUGGGAAGAAUGUUCCUUACAUUGGAGAUUAGUGAGAAGAAUGCUCCUCACAUUGGUGGUCAGUGGGAAGAAUGAUCCUUACAUUGGUGGUCAGUGGGAGGAAUGUCCUUACAUUGGUGAUCAGUAGGAAGAAUGUCCCUUACAUUGGUAAUCAAUGGGAAGAAUGUUCCUUACAUUGGAGAUCAGUGAGAAGAAUGUUCCUUACAUUCGUGAUCAGUGGGAAGAAUGUCCCUUACAUUGGUGAUCAGUGGGAAGAAUGUCCCUUACAUUGGUGAUCAGUGGGAAGAAUGUCCCUUACAUUGGUGAUCAGUGGGAAGAAUGUCCCUUACAUUGGUGGUCAAUGGGAAGAAUGUUCCUUACAUUGGAGAUCAGUGAGAAGAAUGCUCCUCACAUUGGUGGUCAGUGGGAAGAAUGAUCCUUAUUAUGGUGGUCAGUGGGAAGAAUGCUCCUUACAUUGGUGGUCAGUGGGAAGAAUGAUCCUUUUAUUGGUGCUCA